AUAUUACUUUUCAAAAUCUUUUUUUUUUAAAGUGUCAGUACAUUAUUGUUUCUCACCGUGUGAACAUUAAAUGAAAAGUUUUAUUCCCAUUUUAAUUUUUUUUAAGUGAUUUUUUUUCCAUAAUUUUGGAUUAUUUUAUUGUUGUGGAGACCAUUAAACAACAAUCACCAAAAUGUCUCAUUCGAUCACAGUUACAAGGACCACAACAACAACGACGACCUCAGCGCUCUUAUUAAACACAGGAUAUAUGAAAACAACACCUGGAAUUUUAAAAUUUAUUCAAUUGGUAUUGGGGAUUGUAACAACAGCCAUUGUUGCACAUUAUAUAACAACAUAUAACUUACAUGCAUUAAAAUCAGAAUUAUUUCAUUUGUUAAUGACAACAACAUUUAUGAUUGGAACAUUUUGUUUAUUGCUGUCAUGUUUGAUAUCAAUUGCAACUGGGUCAAUUAUAUCAAAAACUAUUUAUGAAGUGGUAUACCAUGCUGUAGGAUUUAUUUGUUUAUUAGUUGCUGGAAUUAUCUUAAUGGUUAAUGUAAAUAACAGAAGUUCGAAUUCUUAUUACUACAAGCCAUAUUUAAGUGCUGCUAUAUUAUCAUUGAUCAACUCGUUAUUAUACUUAUUCAGCACAAUAUUAGCAACAAAAACAUAUCGAGGAAUAUAAAUUAAUAAAUUAUUUUUAAAUAUUACUCUGUUAUAUUGUAAAGAAAUAUAUCGAUGUAUGUAAUUUAUUAGAAUAUUAAGCUUUAAUGUGUAAAAAAAACAAAUUCAUUUACAGUGGGAUCUAGAUAAUUGGGUAUCUGUUAUAAAUCGGUGCAAAUGGUGUUUAGUUCUCGAAUUAGUGAGGUCGUCCGAUUAUAGAGUGCUGUUAAUCUCUUGCAGUUGGGCAAAAGUUGUGAGACAAGAUAAACUUAUGCCAAAUGAAUCAUGAAAAGUUUGAAACAAGCCACAAACUUUGUAUAAAAUUACACACCAUUCACUAUGCCCGAUUAUAAGAGAUAUUAAAUUUAGCGAAAGCUCAAUUACCGCGACUCCACAGUAUAAUGCAAGUGUGUUUCAAAAUGUGCCUAAACUCUUUGAUUUAUAAGAACAGAACAAAAAUGUAAAAAUGAUAUUUAUGUGUUUGUUUUUGUAUAAUUUAUAAGAAAACUAUCAACAUCAACGAACUUCAACCUUUAAUGAAAAUGCAAAAAUUAAAAUAUUUAUUUUUAAU